AUGUCUAGCAACGAGAUAACGCUCUAUCCCUUCCUGGGAGCUCAUCCUGAGGUUGAAAUCCGAGUAUGGUUCGGGGCGACAAUGGCAGGCCAAGGACUUGACGUUUUACUUCUAGUCACUCUUUUAGUGACGACGAAAGUCCAGGGAACUAACAUCUCCUUGCUUACACUCGUGCUUGCAACGAUCCUGUAUGGAUCGGCGCCUUGGUUAUUCCUUCAAAAGAUCCGCAGAUUCAAUGUUCGGCACUACCGCAUUCUGUUUGAUGCUGGAUCUUUUCCUGAAAACGAUAGGAAACGCUUAGAGGAAGGGAAAAUUAUACAUACGUGCGUUCAUAAUUUUGUCAGCUCUGCGGUGUGGUCUCUAUGCACCCUGGGGCUGGGCCUGGCCAAUCCGGGUAUCGUCCAACAUGACGCGUAUGAAUCUUAUUGCGUGGUCAAUGUUCUAUGGUUGUGA